AUGAAAUUUCCUAAAACAACAGAGUGCCGCCACUGGAGAUUCACUCUAGUGGCUAGCAAAUCGGAAAAACUAGAUCAAGAGGGUGAGGAGGAGCAAGAACUGGACCUGGAGGAAGACACAGAGAAGCCAAGAGUAGUGGAUCUUAUCGAGCAUAACGGUUACUUUCGAGAGGGUGGUUACGGACUACCAGACAGCGAGUGCUACGCGCUUUACAUAGCUCUCCACAUGCUUGCCAUCAAGGAGCCUAUCUCUACUGUUAGAUUUUUCGGAAAGAUUUUCGGAACCAAAAUGAAUUACUACGUGGCUGAAGUAGAUUUGACUAUAGAAGAGCUGGACAGAAGAAUUCGGGAGUUUGAAUUGAAAGACAUGCCCGGCGAGGAAGGUCUGGACGAAGAUAAGCCUCCGGAUGCCGGCGAAGAACAAAAGGAAUUAGGCGGGGAAGAAACAAAAGAAGAGAAGCCGAAGGUGCCGGUUCCCCCUAAACUACCUCCCCUCCCUAAGUCCACGUGGACGCCUCCCAUACCUAUACCCGUCGAGAGACCUGGACAAGGGGUCAAUAAGAAGGUAUUCUACGUGUGCAACCAGCCUGGUGAGCCGUGGGUGGUGCUGCCGGACGUUACUCCGGAUCAGAUCCGAGUGGCCAGGCUCACGGUCCGGUGCAUGACUGGUGACUUGGAUGCUGAGGUACUUACGUUUCCGCCCUUCGAAGGCACAGAGCGGAACUAUCUCCGAGCUCAAAUAGCUCGGAUCCAUGCGUCUACGUCAAUAUCGCCGCAGGGGUUCUUCACCUUCGGCUCCGGGGAGGAAGAGGAGGACAUCGACUUGGAGGAAGGGGGAGGAGAUCUGGCCUUCAGUCCCAACCCAUACUACCGGGGCCACACGUUGAAGGAUCUGCUGGACUCCAACCUGACGUACUGGGUGCAUCACGGGAGAUACAUCCUCAAGCAGGGCAGGACUUUGUGGUGGAACCCUAAUGCUGGGAUGGAUGAGGGUGUAGAAGAGGAAGAAGACGAAGGCCCCGUACCAAUACCGCCGGAGUCAGGCCCCAUGCUGUUCACGCCGCUGUCUGAAGACGCGCGGAUCGAGGGUCUGCCUGCGUGGAGUACACGCAUCAGCUCCACCCUGGUGCCGGAGCGAGCCCUCGCCGUGCUGAGGAGCAACAUCUGGCCGGGAGCUGUUGCUUACUCUACUUCUGGGAAAAAAUCCGAGUGUUUAUACGUGGGUUGGGGUCUAAAGAACCAGCCGCCCAACUUCUCCCCGCUUCAGCUGGCGCUACCACAGGACGAGUACAUCAUCGGGCCAGAGGUCAUGGAGAUGGCUGACCCUACAUUUGCUGAUGAAGAGGCGUAUCGCAUUGCUCACCUCCCCCCACCUCCACCGCCCGAGCUGCCCGGCGAAGGAGAGGGAUUCGCGCUUGAAGAAGAGGAAGAAGAUUGAACCUACAGCCUAUUAACAACUUUAUAGUUAUUAUUUUACUGCAUUAUUAACCAAGACGAUAAUGUUUGAGUUAGAAACGCUUAUGAAACUUGUAAUUAAAAAUCUAUAUGAUAGUAAUAGAGCAAUUUUAUU